UUGCAUCUUCACCAUCACAUUCGCUCCUUGAACCGUCUCUUCUUUUCUGCGCCCUCAAAGAGGCAGGAAGGAUGUUUCCGGAGAUGACUCUGGUACUGACACCUUUCUAAGUGCAUCUGAGAAAGCAGGGGGGGGGGGGAACCAUCUCAAGAAAGGAAGAAAUGAACCAUUUCCAGCAGGGGAUAUUAUUGCUUCUCUUCCUAUUCCUCGAGUAUACAGAAGCCAAAAAACAGUGCUGGUACUUCGAAGGGGUGUAUCCUACAUAUUAUAUAUGUCGCUCCUAUGAAGAUUGUUGUGGUUCAAGGUGCUGUGUAAGAACUCUGUCUAUCCAGCGACUAUGGUAUUUUUGGUUUCUUCUGAUGAUGGGAGUUCUGUUUUGUUGUGGAGCAGGUUUCUUUAUCCGAAGGCGGAUGUAUCCUCCACCGCUGGUUGAUGAAACGACUUACAAUGUUUCAUACACCCGACCACCUAACGGCAAUGCAGCAGGAGCACAGCAGCCAGGGAUGGCAUACUAUGCAGACCCAGAAGGAGCAAUGAUCAAUCCCAUGGCUAUGGCUUACCACGUCCAACCCAAGUCUCCACAAGUGAACCCCAUCUACCCGCCUCCGCCUUCCUACUGCAACACACCACCCCCACCAUAUGAGCAGGCAGUGAAAUCUUCCACAUAACCUCUCUCCUGCUGCGUGACCUGACUUGGUUAGAAAGGGGCAGGACCACGAGCAGCAGGAGACUUGCGUGAGCUCCAGCAUCCUUUGCUCUUCUCCCAGUUAGCGUUAUUUGGACGGCGUGGCUGGUUUACAGCAAGCAGUGAAUGCUCUUCUGAUGUCUUCAGCGCAAGAGCUCUGCCUUUAGUGCUUUGUUGGGGAGGAAGCCGAUAUUUAAGAUAUUAUAUGCUUUCUUUUUAAUUUAUUCUCUUUGUGGCUCCAAGCGAAUGUUAGCACAUUUUGUGACACAGUGUGAUAGUAAGCACAAAGCAGUGUCCUUCAGCAUAAAGUCCUGGAGCCAAAUGUGAUAUUUUCAGUAUAUGUAUAUGGAGAGAGAUGGAAGAUGUGGAUCAAGAGAUGAAGCUGAACCAACAGAAACGAGUAAGGUGAUAAACUGUAUUUGUUAAUAAAACUUGGAGAAAUAGGAAGGAACUGGAUGAAGCAGACACUGAGGGAUUCUGCUAAGGUGAUUUGUGACAAAUGGUUUCGUGUUGGAUUAAGAUCCAUGCCCCUGUUCCACUUGCACAAAGGCUGGGUGGAAUUGGAUUCCAUCAUCUUUCAUCCAUUACACUGCCACCUUAAACCCGGCUCCAUUCCCCCUCCACCACCCCCAUCCAUUUGUUUUAGUCAUUAUUGCCAAGAAUACGAUUUGUAACAUAAUGCUGAUGCUGUGAAUGUCAUAGCAAGCUAUCGAUGUAUGUGGAAAGAAGAUGUUAAGUGUCAAGAGUGACAUACCCAUGUUUAGCAACAAAAACCUGCUUGUCUAGAGGGAGGAAAGAACUCUUCAUUUCAUAGAAUUUAAAAACCAAGUUUGGUAGUGGGAGAAUAUGGAUUUUGCUCCUGACUGGACUUUUUCUUAUGACAUUGUUCAGUGUAUAUCGGAAGAUGUAAACUGUGACUGGGACAGAUGUGCUGCACACAGGUGCACUCCUCAGGGAGCUGUGAUUGGCUGCAACACUCUGUUGAGUGUACCUUGAUGACAAAGUUGGGUUUGUCUUUGUGUAAUGUGUGAAAUGGCCCUUAGAUUUGACUUGGAUGUUGAGUAUUUCUUCACCACAUUUUUCUCCGCUUGCGUUUUGUAUUCAUCCUUAAUGUGGUAACAUCCGCCAAGGUGACUUUCUCCUAUCAUUUUCACUUGGCAAUCUUUUCUUUCAAAUGGAUUUCUUCGUUGUGAAAUUUACCACGGAUGAGGGAGUGAUGGAAAGUUUAGAUCUCAGGCUGCAAGCACAUUCUGAAGAAAUUGACCACAGUUACAAACCACCUCAUGGCAACAUUGCCCAUCAAAAACGAAUACAAGGGUCGGACUUCCAUUGUUUCUGUAUAUGAAAAACAUCCCAUACUUGUCUUCCUCUGUCCUACUCUUCUGCUUAUGGUAUUGCAAAGUCCUACCUGCUGAUGCUUCUCAGUCUUUCUCCAUUGCAGAGCAAAUGAGACUUUGCUAGAGUUGCCAGGGUGGAAACUGGAGGUUUCCUCAUUACAUUUUACCUCUGCUACUGAACUGAACUGGACACUAGCAUUGGCUAUUUUCUUUUGUUCACAGUUGUAGCAGCUAAGAUUUCAAGUGUGUUGUUCAGCCAGCAGAAGAGUGGCAGACAAAAGGUCUGAUGAGUGAGGGUGAAGCUGCCUCUGCCUCAUCUCUCAGGUCAAUAACACAUGUAAAGGUGAACCGGGAAACACCCUUUUGCCAUGCCAUAAUUCUAGUCUUUGUGAAAUACAGUCGCCUACAUCCAGACCAAUGUUAUGUUAGUGUAAUGCUGUUGCACAAAGAAAAGCACGUCUGUUCCAGACUAGUCCUUGUUCUAGUGCAGGGGUGUCCAUCUGCCGCCCUCCAGCUGUUUUUUGGCCUACAACCCCCACCAUCUCCAGUCAUGGUGGCCAGGAGCCAGAGAUGAUAGGAGUUGUAGGUCCAAAACAGCUGGGGGGCAGCAGUUGGACACUCCUGUUCUACUGGAAGAAGUUGACAGGCCACGCAACAUGCUUUGUGUCCAGUUGCACAACAUGUUGUGCAUCUUUGUGGUGCAGCCUUGUAUAUGGCCAGGAGAAGGUCUUCCGCUAGCAACAGCACAUCAUCCUGAAGCACCACAAUGGAGAGGAGAGCUGGUCUUGUGGUAGCAAGCAUGACUUGUCCCCUUAGCUAAGCAGGGUCCAUAUGAAUGGGAGACUAGAAGUGUGAGGACUGUAAGAUAUUCCGCUCAGGGGAUGGAGCCGCUCUGGGAAGAGCAGAAGGUUCCAAGUUCCCUCCCUGGCAUCUCCAAGAUAGGGCUGAGAGAGAUUCCUGCCUGCAACCUUGGAGAAGCCGCUGCCAGUCUGUGAAGACAAUACUGAGAGAGAUGGACCAAGGGUCUGACUCAGUAUAUGGCAGCUUCCUAUGUUCUAUGUUCCAACACAGCUCUACAGUGUGUUAAGUACGACUUUUCUCAUUGUGCUAGCGAACAUUGUCAGCCAGAAUGUUUAAUGACGCUUGCGAGGCAAACUCUCCUACUGGAGUUCUUACAGCUAUUAUUGAGUGUGCUGAAGGCAGUAUUCAAAACUAACUUUUGAUUUUAACACACUCAAAGCCUUGAAUGAGCACAUGUCAAUUCUAGUAUUGUGCAACAACUAAACUAAGACAUUUUGAAGGAAGUAAGGCCCUCUUUAUACAUGACAGACAACAUUAUGUGAGCAUCACAGCAAUGGCGUGAACCACCCUGGGGCUGCUACAACCUUGUAAGGUUUGCGCAAGCAGCACUGCUCCAGUUAUUCCCACUGGUUGCAAUGGGGAUGAUGGUGGUAGUGCUGCUUGCACACCCACUCGUUCCCGUGUUGAGGCUGCCUCACAAGUCUGCAGCUGUCCCUGCACAGAUUGCGCUGUUGCCAGCAUGCUGAGCGUCCUGUUGGGCCAUAUUUUUAGGCAUAUACCUACCAUCUUUUAAGUGUAUACCUAAAAAUGUAAAGCGUUUGCAUCAAGCAUGUAUAUGCAAGCAUCUGUUUUAUAGGUAUAUUCUUCAGCGUUAAAGCUGGUAGGGACAAUUACUAGCAGAUUAGCUUCAUUGAGCUGUUGGGUUCUGAGACUCGCUUCUGAGGAAAUUGGUUUAGGAUUGUGUGCUAAAUAAAUGAAUGUUAGAAGACUCAAACUUGGUGACUCUUAAGUUUGAUGGAAAAUCCACGUUCCAAGUCAGUAUUCAGACAACCGGAAUGAUGUGAGGCAGAUCCUUUGAAUGCCCGUUGCAAAGCUUCUCAAACCAAACUUUUAAAAACUAACUGGCUCCUUUAUAUAUCUCCCCAAAAGUUGUUGAUGGCUCAGGUUACAGUGACAACUCUGUAAAGAUGCUCCUUUCCAGCUUACAGCUUUUAUCAGGUAUAAACUCUGCAGGUUCUUGCUUCCUUUACAAUCCAGGCAUCCCACCUACCUUUGCACCAUGCGCUGUAUUCUGUUAUACUUCUUUGUGUUUUCAUUAACUGGUGGGAGUACAGGCAUUCAAGUAUCGACUGAGGUAUAAUCGAAAAGCCUUGCAGAUAUGAGCUGGUAGCUCUGUUUGGUCUGCAGAGCCUUGGCUCAUGAUAAAGAUGAUGUACAAGGAGCAAAGUACAGUAAAGUACUGUAUAGUAAAGUAAAGUUCAAGGAGCAUAAUGCUCAAAUCAAACAUGUAUAUUGAAAAUAGUAAGUUUAGAUUCUAAGGCAAUAGCCACUGAAAAACAAGGUGGAUAGUAUCGAGUGUGUAUGGAGAAGCUACUGUCAGAAGAAUAAAAAUUUGAGGCACUGGUCCUACUGAGAGUGGCUGACAUACUGUGUAAUGUUAUGCACACAAUGGAAUGUAAUACUUGUGCAAGCACAACAUUUUCCAAAAAUGGAGUUGCCUGGCCGUACAGCCAUUGGGAGUUGCACAGAGUGAAAUUGCCAGUGGCCAUUGGCAGACUGGGCAAACAGAGUUGUGCAACAGUGCCAGUGGAUGCACUGUCACACAACUCCAUUUGUGCAAUUUUUGCACGUGCACAAGAGUGCUCUUUCAUUGCAGCACACAUGUUAUGUUCCACUGUGUGUGUGACGUUAUGCACUAUGUCAGCCAUCAGUUUUAUGGGAAUAAUUAGGGGGGUUUUAAUGUUUUUUUCAAAAGGGAACCAAUAUUGCUGAAGCCAGCUUGAGCGCAGAAGUGACAGCAGUUUCACUUGGGUUUUGUGUGAUGUCAGGUUCUAAACUGGCUGUUGAGACAGCAGGCUACAAACUGUGAGCUGCCAAGCAGAAUCAGACCUCCGAAUAACUUGAAUCAGUGGUGACUGUGGGACCUUCCAUUGCUUUCAUUGGGAAGUCUAAGCAUGGGCAGAGCCACCCCUUUGGCUGGUGAACUUUGGGCAUAGAAUAUGUUAAUGCAAAGUGAACACCUAGGCUGAAGUCACUGGAUCUGCUUGGGAUUGCAUCUUUUGUGACUUUCAGCCUUUCACUCCAGUUCAGACUGCUUGUAACUGUUGGAGCUCCAAUAAGUACACUGUUUCCUUGUGCCCCCCCCAACCCCAAGAUUUCCCCAUUCUUUUCGCUAGAGGGUCCAGAUAUGCCCCACCCAUCACUUUGUGCUGAAAUGCAAUAUGGAUUCCAUUCAUACAGGAAUGCUAGAUCAAGUCAAAUGUCUGUUCUCCUGUGGUACACAAGAAACCCAUACCUUUCCAAAAACACAGUAGUAAUAUAGGGUUUUCAUUCUGUUGAUGUUAAAUGUUAUUUCUGGAACUUGGCAAGGUACUAGUACAGGGUCCGUUCACAUGUACAUAUUCAUCACUUACUAUCAUAAAAGAUUACUUGCAUAUGUGAGUGAGCUGUCGCAGAUUACAGUAAUCACAACUUAAAAGCACCUGAAAUCUACAUGAGCACAAGAUGUUUUCAACAGAGACCAAUCAAACACACUCAACCAAACAUCAUCAGCUGCUGCAUAAUCAAGUGGGGGAAAGAUCUGUGAGUACGUACCAGCCUGUAAAGAUCAGCAUUUGUGCCGAAGAUCUACAGCACGCUUAAGCUUAGACUUGGCUAUUAACUGGUUGAAUUGCCUAUCUACCUGCAACUGUAUGUAUUUUCUGAAAUUGUGUAGUGUAAAAACUGCAUAUGCACUGCAGUCAAUUUAUAAACCAAGGGUCCUCUUUCAAUGGACUUGAUUCUAUGAUGUUAGCAUUUAGGUGUUCAACUAUUUUAUACUAUUCAAUGUGUCUUAAGAAUGGAAACUUUCCUUUAAACAUUGGUUAGAGCCCCUUUUUAUGGUCCGAUUUGAUUCUGUAUGUUGAAAUUCAACUUCAUGUGAAGUCCACCCUGCCCUGGCCAAUCUGGUUGUUUAUUAUGUUGCUGAUGGUGGAUUUACCACCUAAUGAAGUCAAACUGCUGUUCUAGUGAAAAUGUUUGGUACUCAGUUUUUUUAAAAGCGAAGUUGUGAUUAAAUCUAUUAGUUACUUUA